AUGGAGGAAGAUUCUGUUACUCUACACGCUAAUCUUACUAAAAUACAGAAAAAUUAUGUGCUUGUGUGGAGGUUUGGACUUCAAAAGUCUCUUAUAGCAAGAAUCAAUGGAGUGUCCAGUGAGGCCUCAAUAUAUGAUGAUGUUCUUGAUGGGAGAUUCAGAGACAGACUGCAGGUGAAUGAUCAGACUGGAGAUCUCAUCAUCAGGGACACCAAAACCAAAGACUCUGGACUUUAUGAAAUGAUCUUUAACAGUGCUAAAGAAAGUUCAUACAGAUUCAAUGUUACUGUCUAUGGUGUGUUUGGUGAUAAAGUGAAGUCAGUAUCAGUGAUGGAGGGAGAUUCUGUUACUCUACAAAGUUAUAUUACUAAACUACAGAGAGAUGAUCUGAUACUGUGGAGGUUUGGAGCUACAAAUUCUCUCAUAGCUACAAUCAAUAAAGAGGCCAACAAGAUCUCAAUAUUUGAUGAUGUUCUUGAUGGGAGAUUCAGAGAUAGACUGCAGGUGAAUAAUCAGACUGGAGAUCUCAUCAUCACAAACAUCACAACUCAACACACUGGACUUUAUAUAACCAUCAGUGGCAAACAGAAGGUCUCAUACAGAGUCAAUGUUAUUGUCUAUGGUGAGUAA